AUGUCGUUCCCCAAGUACCAGCCUUCGCGCCUGGCCACUCUACCCUCCACCCUCGACCCAGCCGAAUACGACGUAUCUCCAGAAGCCCGGAAGGCGCAAGCCGAGCGGUUGGCCAUAAGAUCCCGACUUAAACGGGAGUACCUGCUUCAGUACAACGACCCCAGCCGCCGAGGGCUCAUCGAAGAUCCUGCCUUGAUUCGUUGGACCUAUGCAAGAUCAGCAAAUAUCUAUCCCAAUUUCAGACCCACUCCCAAGACCUCACUCUUAGGAGCUCUAUUUGGAAUUGGGCCCCUCUUCUUCUGGUUUUAUGUUUUCAAAACUGACAGAGUAUGGGUGUGCCUCAGAAUGGCUGAGGGUGUUUACAGGCUUCUCACAGGAGGGGGAAGAAAACCUAGGGCAGGAAGCAAGUGAUGUGCUGCACAGCUGAGGUGUCUUGUUGACAGUUGCACACCUGCAGGAGCUAGGAGCUGCAGUAGCAAUUGGAGUAAAAAGACUGGCCAAGAGGAAAUGAGGUAGGCACAAGAAGUAGACGAUUUCCUUAUCCACUCCAUGCACUGCUUGGAUCUGGGUGCACUUUAAUCUGUAACAUGUCAUUCAGGGUGGUGGCUAGGUCCAAUCUCAGCAUAGGAGGGUUAGUGGAACAAGUUUCAGUCCUGCACUGUGGAAAUGUCUGAAGCCAUAACUGACAAUCGACAUUUCCCUCCACCAAACUUUCUAGGUUUUCCCUCCUUGGCUAUCACUUUAGACCGUCUAGAUUGCUUGCUUGAAGGAGUCACUGGGUCCUUUAUCUGCCAAGGCCAGAACCUUAGUUACUCCUGUAUCAUCAGGUCUUUGUUGAAGCAAUUGCCUAUUUACAUUUAUCCCUGGACAUGGAAGCAUCAAGAAGCACUAGUAAAUCUGCAUUCCAGAUGUAUCCCUUUAGGCCCCCAUUGUGUAGCAGCUACCCUAGUUCCUUGUAAUGAAAGUCAUUUAGUGCUGCCAAUAUGGAAACCUUUUUUUUCCUUUUGUCCACUGUUUCCCAGGCACAAGAAGCCCCAAAUUACCAGGAGAUAGUCAGUUUCUGAUUAAAGUGAAAUCCUGUGAUAUUGUGAUUUAUAAUAAGAAAUACAUAUUUGGUCAUUGUCCUCAUUUCUGUCACAGAGCUUCUAAAACCCUGGGGAUUUUCUGAGAGUUGUGUUAAAGGUGUCUUUUGUUAUGUUAAUGAGGCAAGUUUCGGACCACACCUAAGGCUGGGGUUGGUUGCCAAGAGAACCAACUGUGAUUUGAUGGUUGGAACUUGUAGUCCCCUUCUGUGACCUUGCAUUUGUAUCCCUGCUCUGCCACUUGUGAAGUGACCUGGAAAGUAUUUACAUUCUCUGUGACUCAGUUUUCUUA